AUGGAAAAUAAAAUAAAUGAAUUUUACGAAAUAAUACAAAAAGAAAUAUUAAAUUAUUUUACUAUUCCGAGGGGUAAAAAUGAAUAUUUAAGUUAUGAGAGGAUAAAAUUAUUUAUACGAGACUUAGUGGACUUUUUAAAUACUGAAGGAUUUUAUAUAUAUACAAAGUCGUACAUAAAUGAAGAAAAUAUAAAUUUUUGUCAUUCACCUAAACUUUUUUCAUUUACCUUAUUACCACAAAAAUUAGAAGGAUAUUUGUUGGAAUUGUGUAAGCAAUGUACCUUACUGUAUGCUGAAUUGUUUGAUAAUAUUGUUUGUGACUUGCCUUUUUUAUUAAACAUAUUAAAAGAUCUUAAAGAGUAUGAUGCUUUUACCAAAAGGAUGAUUGAAAUUUGUCAACGGGUCUAUUUGAGUGGGAGCAAUGGGAGAAACAUACAGAAUGAUAUUCGUUGUGUUAUUGGACGAUCCGACUACAUGACAAAUAGGCGCUUAAAUGGGGAAGGCGGGGAAAUAGGGGAAGUACAAAAACAGAACGAAAAGAAUAUUGAUAUAAAACAAAUCGAAUACAACACAAUAUCAGUUGCUUUUGGUAAUCUGUCUUCCUUCAUUUUUGAAGCACACAAAAAUAUGAUAAAAGAAAUAUAUAGAGAAUAUUUUCCAUAUUUUUAUAAGGAAAAGAAAAACGAAAAAAAAAUUCUUUCUAUUUUGGAUAAAAAGUUUGAUAAUAAUUUUCUCGAAGGUAUAAUUUCUUGUAUUUCUAAAUGUCACGAGAUUUAUACUGAACAAUAUUCAAAUUUCGAAAAAAAUUUUAAAAAAAUAAUCAUUAGCAUUUUAGAUAAGGAAGACUUAAAUAAUUUUGAUAAAAAUAAAACGAAAUGUGAAUUACAAAAACUAGGUAUAGGACUAAAAUGUUUUACUAUCACGGAAUUACAAAACUUAUUUGAAAAAAAAAAAUUAUUUUUAAAUUAUACUCAUGAGACUGUAAGCGAUUCUUUGGAAAGGAUUAGAAAGAACGCUAACCCUACUGAGGAAAAGCUGCAAAGAGGGAGGUUAUUCAUAAAUAUGAACGAUGAGGAAGCACACAAUAGGGAUAGCAUAGUUCAUACAUAUAAUGCUUCCACUAUGUCUACUCACAACGCUCACCACGAUCAUAACGCAAUAUACGAGCGAAACAUAUACGAAGUAAGUGUGAUAUACUUCAGAUCCCUGUACACACCUAACCAUUUUAAUGAAAUCGUGUGGACUAUAAGAGAAAUGAUCGAAUACAGUGAUGCAGUGAAGAUUCCUUCCCUGCCAUACCAGUUGGUUGGGUGUAAGCGGAUGCAAAUGCUACUACUAGAUGAUGAAAUUUUAAAAAAAUAUAUUUCCAUAAAUUUAAAUAAGAAUGAUAAAACAGAAAAACAAAUAAUGAAUGAUAUGAAUUUGUUAAAGAAAACUUUUGCUUUACAAGUAGAUCCUUCUUUAAAUAAAAAUGCUUCCAUCAUUUCACGAGCCAUUGAAAAUGCAAAUAAUUUUUUGUUAAAACCUCAAAGAGAAGGUGGAAAAAAUAACCUGCAUGGUCAGGAUGUUAAGGACACAUUAAUGCUUUUUUAUGAACCACAAGAGAAGAAGAAGUUGUGCUGCUAUGUUUUAAUGCAAAAGUUGUUCCCGUCGUCUUUUAUGACAAUUCACUGCAGGACGAGGAGGACAGGAGAGAACCACACAGGAGGAGUACUAAGUCCACCUCACAGGGAUGGGGCGAUCAGGACAGAAUCAAAAGGGUAUGAAGAUCAGUUGGAAAGGGGGCAUGAACAAUGGAAGGGAAAUCAGACUGAUGCCAAAUGCCAAUUGGAAGAAUGUUAUUUUGUCGAAUUUUCUCCUGAACAGUCCAUUUCAGAAAUUAGCCUUUUCCACAAUUUUAUUUUUUGUAAAAAUAAAAAUGUCCUCAAUGAACAAAAGGGAUAUCUGGUUCGGACCAAAAAUUGCAAGGAGAAUGAAGGCGGGGCUAUAUGUGGUAUAUCGAGUUUGGAUUCCUUCUUCUUGACGUAA